AUGCUCUAUUCGAAGGAAAGCAUUCACAAAAUUGUACAAUCAACCCAACACACCGUUGUUCAAAAGUAUCUGGAAGAGUUUUUGGUAUUAUUAAGUGAUAAGAUCGAUGAAUAUACAACUGAAUUGACGAAUCAAUCGUUGAGUUGCCCACCAUCAUUAUCUCCGUUGGACAUCUUCGAUGGAAGACUGAAAGAGUUUGUUCGUUUACAUCAUCUUGAUUUUAUCAGAGCAAAUCGUUAUCGAAUACACCAAUUCAAAGCUGACAUUCAUGAAAAACAGCUCGGUAAAGAAUUGUCGUAUUAUUUUUCGAAUGUCGAUCAACUCGAACCAAUCAAUCGAUUGACAAGUAUCCGACAGAAACAAAUGAAAGUGUUCGAAGAAUUGACGAUGUUCGAGCAACGCAUCUCAUGCCAUCGAUUACCAAAAUCUUUCGAUUCUGCCAUCAUACCUAACCUCGAUGUAAAGCAGCUGAGCAACAGUCGCCUGAAGAUACUACAAGAACUCAAGAGAUUCAUAUUAAAUGUUGAAUUACAAGAAUAUGAAAACAAGAUUGAGCAUUACGAACAUUUAUAUCAAGAAGAGCUGACUAGUCUCCAGCAACAGAUCGAGAACACUAACUCAUCUCUUCCUCAACAUCAGACGAAAAUGUUACUUUAUAUUGUUCAGUCUUAUUUGGAAGCUUUUGCCAAUCGACUUCUACGGCAAAUACGUUUCAAAGAAACUUGCUUCCGUGUCAAAUUAACACGACAUCGCCGUCGUCAGCAACCAUUCCUCUCAUACGAUGUCGUUGACGUGUAUCCACAAGUUAUAGUUGAUGUGCCAAAAGUGUGCUUAAACCGCUUCCAACUUGACUUUCUGUCACACAACGGUCCUAGCUAUAUUCGACCAAAUCAAACAUAUCUGUAUUCACGUACACAUCAAGAAAAACAAGUUGAACGAGAAUACAAUAGGAUUCUUGAUGUUGUCGUUCCUUUUCUCGUACGCGUACAUCACAUGUCACCAACAUCGACAGCCAUCAAGCAGUUCUCUCAUCAACUUGCUACGUAUCUUUGUGAACGCUACAUGUCUACAGUGUCGUAUAUUGAUGCCCACCGUACUCGGCAAGAACGGCAAUUAAUCCAAUCAAUCAAAUGUCGUCUGAAGAAAUACAAUCAGAUUCUUCGUGUGACGGAUAAGGGUGGCAUAUUUCAUAUCGGUGAUGCCAAAGAUUACGAACGAAAAUCAGACGCUUAUCGGCAAAAAACGGGAGCUUAUGUUGAAUUAGAGACUAAUCCACUAUGGUCAGUCUUCGACAAAGUUGUUCAUCUGCUCAACGAUCUUCGCUCGAAAAAACAUAUUCUCGCAUGGCAACUUAACAAAAUGAUGCCGAAACGAGACAAAGUUGAACUCGCGUAUUUAUACUUCGUUCCAAAACCACAUAAGGAAGGAACUCCACUGCGACCGAUUGUGUCAUCAAUGAAUAUGCCAACAACUGGCAUUUCUAAAUUUCUUGAUCGAUUACUUCGACCGUUAUUUGAUAAACAUGUUCGUUCAACUACAAUUAUCGACGGUGUUGAUCUCAUUCGUCGUCUCGAAACAUAUGCGGCAAACG